CGCAUUCCUAUCUUGCCACGUACCUAAAAUCAGAACCCAGCCCUGAGUGCCACACUAGAGUGAGCGGAGAGAGUGGGAUGGCGAAGGAGGGUGAGGUGGUGUGCGUCACCGGAGCCAGCGGCUGCAUUGGAUCCUGGGUCGUCCGUCUACUUCUCGACCGUGGCUACACUGUCCACGCCACCGUCCAAGAUCUCAAGAACGAGAGUGAAACGAAGCACCUAGAGGCCCUAGAAGGCGCUGAGACUCGCCUCCGUCUCUUCCAGAUCGAUCUCCUUGAUUACGGCUCCAUCGUCUCUGCCGUCAAUGGCUGCGCCGGAGUCUUCCACGUUGCCUCUCCCAACAUCCUCGAUCAAGUCCCAGAUCCCGAGAAGCAACUUUUGGACCCGGCGAUCAAGGGAACUAUAAAUGUACUGACGGCGGCGAAGGAAGCUGGGGUGAGCCGUGUAGUGCUGACAUCAUCGUUCAUGGCCAUUACUACGAGCCUUAAUUUGCCAGACGACAUUGUCGAGGCUGAGGAUUGCUGGACCGACAUUGAGUACUGCAAGCAGAAGGGAUUAUGGUAUCCGAUUUCUAAAACACUAGCCGAGAAAGCGGCUUGGGAUUUUUCCAAAGAGAAGGGUUUGGAUGUGGUGGUGGUGAACCCUGGGAUGGUGUUGGGCCCUGUUAUUCCUCCAAGACUCAACGCAAGCAUGUUAUUGUUUGGCAGCCUUUUCCAGGGAGGCACUGAAGCAGCUGAGGACCUUUUUAUGGGAUAUGUGCAUUUUAAAGACGUAGCCCUAGCACAUAUCUUGCUGUAUGAAAACAAAUCAGCAACUGGAAGGCACUUGUGUGUUGAAUCUAUAUCGAAUUAUAGUGAAUUUGUAGCAAAGGUUGCUGAACUUUACCCCGAAUAUAAGGUGCCAAGGUUGCCUAAGCAUACCCAACCUGGGUUGUCGAGGGCGACGCUUGUAUCCAAGAAGCUGAUGGACUUGGGCUUACAAUUCAUUCCCGUGGAGCAAAUUAUCAAGGAAGCUGUUGAGAGUUUAAAGAGCAAGGGAUUUAUUUCUUGACUGCCGCACGCCGCACCAGGCGUCGGUAAACACUUCAAAGGCCCAUCUAGCUGCAAGUGCUUGUGAAUACUUGGUCCCAUCUAUCUCGUGUCUGAUGAAGUGGUAAGAACUUUUAGUUUGUAGCAUGGAACAGCUGCUAAGUAAUUUUUAUAGUAAAGCCUAGUGAGCUUUGUAAGUCAAACUUUUCACGAAACAAUAUGUAGUAUGUUGUAAAUAGGUCAAAUGGUAAUGUAACCUUCUUCUUUAUUGUAAAGCAGUAAGAGAUUUAUGGAGCUUGCUAUUUAAUU